CUCUCACAGUCCUUACUUCUCAGGUUCAGUCAGAUUAAACGUUAAUUUACAGAAAAUGGCAUUGCUGAAAAUGUUUGGGAGCUAUAUAAAUAUAAUGCAUUUACUAUUAUUUUUUGUUACUUUAUGGGCUGCCCGUGUUGUUGAAGCAUCUAGAGCUGAAUUCGUGACGUGUGGAACUAUUUUCAAGUUAAUGAACACAGAUUUGCGUUUGCGGCUUCAUUCACACGAUGUGAAAUAUGGUUCAGGAUCAGGUCAACAGUCUGUUACUGCGGUCGACGUUUCAGAUGAUCACAAUAGCCAUUGGUUAGUCAGAGCAGCUAUGGGUGAAACUUGUAAACGAGGAUCUCCCAUAAAAUGUAACACUAAUAUUCGACUGCAACAUGUAUUUACCAAGAAAAACCUGCAUUCGCAUUAUUUUUCAUCACCCUUGUCAGGAAACCAAGAAGUGUCCUGUUACGGAGAUGACGACGGUGAGGGUGACAGUGGUGAUAAUUGGACGGUAGUCUGUAAUAAUGACUACUGGAGAAGGGACACACCUGUUAAAUUGAAGCAUGUUGAUACUGCAGCGUAUCUGGCGGGUUCAGGCAGAACUUUUGGAAGGCCGAUUAGUGGGCAAGGUGAAAUAGUUGGUGUUACAUCUCAGUAUGGAGCUUACACAGACUGGCAAGUUCAAGAAGGACUCUUUGUCCACCCGAGUGACAUUCUACCUCAUUUGCAGAAUGCAAUUCACACAGAGUUAUAAUUUCAAGUUACUUUAAUCUAAUAGUUUUGUGAUUCUGUUGCUUUUAUGAAGAUUUGGUAGACUCCAAGUAUGCAUUACUAUAAAAGCGUACUAAACCCAGUCCAAUCAGCUAUUCACCUUUUGACAUAUGGAACUAGUGAUUGCGGUAAUGUAAUAUUUUUAUUAUCAAUUUGAUUAUUGGCACUAAUUGGCCAGUACUAUCAUUAAUUAUUUAUAUAUAUAUAUAUUAUUUAUUCAUUUGGGGCAAAUACCUUAGAAUGGAACUAUAUUUAUAAUGCAUGACAAUGUUUUUAAUGAUAAUAUAUAUAAAAAAAUUUACUCAUUUAUGGUAUUAAAAUGUAUGUAAGAAGUCAUAAAUAAAAUAAUUUAAUGAAAUUAGGCAGUUUACAUAUUUUUUUAUUACCCAUUUUAAAGUGAACUUGAAUGCAAUCCACAACAGUUAUGUUCCAAGACAACAUCAAAAAUCUAAUAACUGUUUGGACAGGGUAAAGAUGCAACGCUCAAGAAUCAUUGGUAGGGUAUAAUAUUGUGUAAAAUUUUGUACAUAAAUGAGUGAACUAAAUAUAAUAAUCUUUCUCUUCAUUUCUUUGAUUUUGUAAUUUAUUAUUAUAGUAAAUAGUAAAAACUGCAUUUUCUAUACACAACUUCUAAGGAGGCAAUAAGUGACUUUGUAAUUUUUACAUUUUAAUUACUGGCAAUUUUUGGACAAUUAUGUCUAAAACUCAAUACAUUUUUUUUUAAUUUACACUUAUAAUUAAAAAUAAGUUCCUGGGUAUAUGAGUUUAUAUAUGAAUUGUUCAUAUCACAUAUUUGAUAUUCAUGACUGUAUACUAUAAUUAUUUUAAUGGAAUACCUGAUUAUGUUGAAUUUAAAAUUAAAAGUGAUAAGUUAAAGGCCGUUGUUUGUACUAAAAACUUUAUUGUCAAAUGUUAUGUUACAUGAGGUAACACACCCCUUAGAAAUGAUCAAGUUACAAAUGUGUAGUGCUUCAAAAGCAUCAUAAUACUGUCUAGUUUAUUUUCAGAAAAAAAGUUGGAAGUUACAAGAAUAUAUCUGAA